GAAACGUCGGGGCGCGCCGCCGGGGACGCUGCAGAUGGCCCGGAAGCACCGGCUCCGGGGGCGACCGGACAUCCCGGCCUGCCAGUGAACCGUGUGAACCGCCUAAUAGCGGCUGGAAGUGAAACCUGAUUCCUGGGCAGAAAGGAGCACGUGACCACACCUGAGCAGCCAGGAUCGCAGGACAGGCGGGCUGGGCAGGUGCUGGAGCGCCCACGUGCCUGGCUUCGGGACCCAGGUUCCCCUCUCCCGCCGCCGAGCCUCCAUCUGAAACCGCCUCCCUACUCAGCCCCUUCCCGAGAGAUGAGGACGCCAGGCUCUGAAAGGGGAAGGGGCCUCGGAGAGAGGCGCCAGGGCCGGGGAGUCCCCACACGCGUGGAUUCCCGUCCUGGUUGUUGAUUCUUGCUCAAGUCGAUUCAAGGUCUAGGAAACAGCGUCUAGCGAUCUACUUUUGCCGGCUUUUUCGGAGGAGGGAUGAGGGGGGAGGGUGGGGGAGGGCUGUCCUUGGUGGCAGGGCAGACCUUGAUGGACCAGUGUGAGUCUGCCCUGAGUCUCCCCCAAAAGCGGCUGUCACCGGCUGCACAAGUUUGUGCCACCCUGGGCAGCCGCUGUUGUCGUGGUCGCUAUGACAACGAGCCGAGGCUUUAUUUUUAAUAGCCGCCAGAGAUUAGAAGGGUGCCUCCGUUGGCGCCCCCUCCCUCCCCCCCCCAAUCUCGCCUGCUCUCUAACUUUGGCCUGGGCUCCCGGAGAAGAUGCCCCCAUUCCAUGUUCCCAGAUCUCUUCUCUUCUGCCCCAAACCCACAUUUCUGUCCCAAACUCAAACUGGGAGCCCCUGAAUUUCCAGGUUGGGAUGGGGCACCGAGCGAAUCACUUGCUCAAAGCUGGUGGGACCGCCCCCACCCCCAGGACCUAGGGAACCUCUGUACAGAGGUUGGAGCCAGAAGGGCCCCCACCCCAGCCCCUGCAAUACAAGGUGACCUUUCCUCAUCCGCACACCCGCCAUCAAACCAAGUCCUUCAGCCCCGAAGACGCGUGGGUCCUCAGGUCCCCUCUGCCUGUGAGGAACUGGACGCUCAAGCAGGUGUGAUGCAGUCAACUCUCAGGAAAUCUCUGGGCUCCGCCAGGGGAACAGCCUGAGUCCAAGCAGUGUGCUCUUCGCCUGCUGGAAACCAUUCAGCGGACUCCCUCCAGUGCAGUGGGAGGUCUACUUGGGUGGACAAGGACAGCACCAAGACUUCCCGAGCUCUGCCUCACCCUCCUUCAUUCUAAGCCCCGAGUGCGUGCUUUGGGGGGGGGGGCUGCGUGCUGGGAGACCCCGCCCGCUGGGAAUCCCGGGAGGGGCCCACCCCUCCUCCUCGGAAUCUGGGGGAAGCUGAGGGACACCUCCCCGCCCCCCACCGAGGGCCCCCUGGACUCGGCCUUUGGAAUGCUGGAGCCCGAGAAGCCAAGGAUGAAAGAGCGCCUGGAGGGUUGCGUCUUUACUGCCUUUGGCUGGAGGGCAGCCUGGGCGGGGGCAGGGGCCCAACCCGGAGGAUGGGGGUGUGGGGUGGAGGGCUCGGGCCAGCGAGGUUCUCUUUCCGCAGCCCACCCCCUCGCAGUCCCUAGCCUUUAAUGGCCUCCCGUCUAGCUGCGGGGUCACUUGGCUCGUUACCCCUCUAGCCCUGAUACCGGGGGCUUCUCCGCCCUUCUAGAGACCCGUCGCCAGGGUGCGGUCCCACCUGCUUAGGCAGGCGGGAGGGACCCAGCUCGGCGCACCGCCCUUCGGUGGCGGGGGCGCCGUCCAGCCCCGCUCAGGCCUCGGCCUUCCUCGCGUCGCUCCCCCGCAUCGCUCUGUGCGGCGCCGCGGCCGGAGGUGGCGCUCUGUGCGCCCAGCGGAUCCCGGCGCGGGAGGCUGAGACUCCCGGGCUCCUCUCGAGCGGCUCUUUUCUUUUCCUCCCUUCCAGCCCUCGAGUUUCUGGCUCAGACCGCCGCCAGGCCUUCCACGAGGGCGCGGGGACUUGGGGGUGCGGGAGCCCAGGGCGGGGACGAGGCCCGCGGCAGCCCCCUCCUCCGACCGGGGCGCCUUCCUCUCCCGGAAUGUGGGUGGAGGUUCCUCGUUCAGACGCCCCAGGCAUCGGAUUCCGGGCGGGGGCGCGUGGCAGCCGCCAGGAAGCCGAGAUCCCCCGCGAGGUCAUUGAGAGGCUGGCGCACAGUCAGAUCCACAGCAUCCGGGACCUCCAGCGACUCCUGGAGAUAGACUCCGUAGGAGCUGAGGAGCCUUUGGAAACCAGUCUGAGAGCCCACGGGGGCCACGGCGCUAGGCAUGGCCCGGAGAGGCGGCCGGUGCCCAUCCGGAGGAAGAGGAGCAUCGAGGAGGCCAUCCCAGCGGUCUGCAAGACCAGGACUGUCAUUUACGAGAUACCUCGGAGCCAGGUGGACCCCACGUCCGCUAACUUCCUGAUCUGGCCGCCGUGCGUGGAGGUGAAGCGCUGCACCGGCUGCUGCAACACCAGCAGCGUUAAGUGCCAGCCGUCACGCGUCCACCACCGGAAUGUCAAGGUGGCCAAGGUGGAGUACUUCAGGAAGAAGGCGAAGUUGAAAGAGGUGCAGGUGCGGCUGGAGGAGCACCUGGAGUGUGCGUGCACCAGCGCCAGCCCGAGCCCCGAGCGCCGCGAGGAGGAGGCGGGAAGGCGUAGGGAGUCAGGUAAAAAACGGAAAAGAAAAAGGUUAAAACCCACCUAACGUGGCCAACCAGAUGUGAGGUGAAGGUCAGCCAGCAGCCCCCUCCCGGGACACGGAUGUACAUGGCGUGUUACAUUCCUGAACCUACUAUGCACGGUGCUUACUGCCAGCGUGGUCUUUGUUCUCCUCCGUGAAAACUGUCUCCAUGCACGCUUUGGAGAACAAAGAGACAGUAUACGUUGUUCAUGUGACAUCAAAGCAAGUAUUGUAGCACUCGGUGAAACAAUAAGACGCUUCCUUGUCAAAAAAAAAAAAAAAGAGAGCAAACAAAACCACGAAACUCGACAAACAAAACUCACACAAGCAUCUGAGCAGUUGCCGGAACGGAGGGGCGCCCCGAGGGGCGGAGGGGCCGGCGUCGCGGCGGACCAGCCUCUGUCCAGGUGGCCACAGGUGCUUCUGUCGAGGGUGCAGAGCCUGCUUUCUGGAGGCUGCGCUCGGAGGCCGCGGGCUCUGCAGGCGCACGCGGGAGCCAAGACUGUCUGGGAAACCGCAUCUCCUUGCCGUAGUGUCUGAGUCUUAUCCAGAAACCUCCCUGAGAGCCUUAAGUGGAUUUUUUUUUUACAUCAUAAAGUGAUUAUUAAGCUUUCCUUUUUACUCUUGGCCUAGCUUUUUUUUUUUUUUAAUUAUCUCUUUGGAAGACAUUUACACCGAUAACACCAGGCUGCUGUUAACAGUCAGGACAGUGGGACGGUACCUUUCCUAGCAAGAUGCAAGUGAAUGAGAUGUAUUACAAUAAACAUGGUAUACCCACCUAUGCAUCAUUUCCUGAAUGUUUCUGGCUUUACGUGUUUCUUCCUUGCCCGGUCUCACCCGCCUUUUAAUUUAAGCCAUUUCGAGAGAACUGCGUGAAGCAAUCACAUGCCGUUCCCCAGCCUCCUGCCUGCCGUGGACGGGCCUGAGGACCCGGCUUUCCUGAGCGGCGGCCCGGGGUUGCUCCCUGCUGCUGCCAGUGUUUGGACAGAAACUAAACUCUUAUUUUUGGUAAGAUGUUAUGCUUUACGUGUAUUCAACAGAAAUUCUGUGUGGUGUUGUUUUUGGUUUUGUUUUGUAAAGGUGAAGUCUGUAUUUUUGUCUAAUAUUACCAAGUUUUAUAGACCUGAGAGCCUGCCAUGCUUUUUUUUGUUUUGAACCAAAAGAAAAAAAACAAACCCACCAAAAUGCACUCACGGUGAAAAGCAUUUGUGGCUGCGGCCCGUCAGCGUCACGUGGCCUAUGGCCUGGGUGCUGGAGCUCCAGGUGGUGCCCGGGAGGUCUCGGUGUCCUGGGCCUGCCUCCGGGAUUCUGGAACCUAGAGGACCAGGCGCCCUAACCUCACAGAGGCGCAGCGGCGCGCCCCACCAGACGCCAAGUGGACGAGGAAGAUUUGCUCCCUCGGAGUGCAUGGACCCGUGUCUGCUGUGCCUGCGAACUGGGUCAGCCCUGUGUUGCCCGCAGCCUGCUGCCCCUGUCCUCCUCGUCUCGGAGCUCGAGUGACCGUUGGGACCCUUCUGUUGCCCUGGGGCUGACUCUGGUGACAGGAAGCGUCCCGGGACUCACCUGUCUGUGGGGAGUCUUCCACGUUAAGGAGCAUCUUCCACGCGCGGCUGUAGGACGCCUUUGAGCGAGCAUGUGGGGGCGUGGCCGUGGGCUGUGGCCCCACCCCGUGGGAACCGCCCCCGUGCAGUCCCAGGACGGGGUGUCCCGAGGGGUGUGCGAUCCUGUGCUGUGGAUACGUGUCUGAUGUGAUCUGUACAAACGCGAUCUGUGUAUUUGCGUCUGGUGAGAUGCCCAGAACCCUGCUCACUUACUCUUCCUUUGGGCAAAUGCGUCUGAUGGUCUGUCCAUUAAAGCAACCGCGCAGAAA